CUCGGAUUAGAACCUUCUCAAUGUGAUUCAUGUGCUGAUACAAGUAGUCAAAGUAGUUAUCAGAGAAGAAUGGGAAGAAGAAACAUGGGAAAUAAUUGUGAUAUGGGUUUUAAGCCGUGGGUGAUUAAAAUUGAUGAUUUAACGUGGGAUUGUAAUGGAAAUGGUGUUUAUAAUCAAAGAUGUAAGAAUGACGAUCAUAAAAAAGAUGAAAAACGUGCACUUACCGAUCAGGGACCGCAAAGUGGAUUAUUCCUACAAAUUGAUACCUCAAGUGGAUCAGGUAGUGCUCCAAUUAAUGUUAACAAUGCAGGUGGUGUAGUUGCACCAGCUCCUCCACCAGCUGCAGCGCCAGCUCAAGCCGCCGCUCCAGCUCAAGCCGCCGCUCCAGCUCAAGCCGCCGCUCCAGCUCAAGCUGCAUCACCAGCUCCAGCGGCAUCACCAGCAGCGGCAUCACCAGCAGCGGCAUCACCAGCAGCGGCAUCACCAGCAGCGGCAUCACCAGCAGCGGCAUCACCAGCAGUGGCAUCACCAGCAGUGGCAUCACCAGCAGUGGCAUCACCAGCAGCGGCAUCACCAGCAGUGGCAUCACCAGCAAACACGGGAGCAGUACCGGCAAACGCGGGAGCACCAACACCGUCAGACACGGGAGCUGUACCGGCAAACGCGGGAGCACCAACACCGUCAGACACGGGAGCUGUACCAACGGUUCCAGCACCAGUUCCGACAUCGUAA